AAGAGAUAGAGUCAGGCAACCCUGACCCAGUCAGCAGUGAUGUCAAAGAGAUGUUUAGAAUAGUUCUGUUUGUCUUCAUCUGCGGAAUUCUGAGUUUGUUUGGAAUAGGCGCAAACGUGACGAAUAUAAUCGUCUUCAUCAAACAAGGCUUUAAGGACAGCAUCAACAUCAGUUUGUUAGGUCUGGCUGUGGGAGACCUAGGCUGCGCGUUGACUAUGGUCUGGAUGAGUGUGGGCUUCAGCCCGCUUCUGGCAUCCCCAGACUUGAACUUUAACCCCUACGAUGUGGUCUACUUAAGUGCUGGUUGGCCGCAUGCAUGUUUCAACAG